UCUCUCAUUGUCACCACAUCGUAAAACACACAAACAUAAAGUUAAUAUGUCUACUACCGAAGAAAUAUCAACCGUCAAAAACACAACAACUCCGGUCGACGGCGUUGCUUCAUCCUCCACCGUCAAGAACACAACUCCGGUCGACGGUGUUGCCCCAUCCUCCAUCGUCCGAGCUACCAUCAUCCAAUCCUCCACCGUCUAUAAUGAUACCCCUGCCACUCUAGACAAGGCGGAGAAGUUUAUUAUCGAAGCGGCCAGCCAAGGAGCCAAGCUAGUUUUGUUCCCGGAAGCGUUUAUCGGAGGUUACCCUCGCGGGUUUAGGUUUGGUCUAGCGGUCGGAGUGCACAACGAGGACGGUCGUGAUGAGUUUCGCAAGUACCAUGCUUCCGCUAUCAAAGUUCCUGGCCCGGAAGUAGAUAGAUUGGCUGAGCUGGCCGGGAAACAUAAUGUGCACUUGGUAAUGGGGGCGAUAGAGAAGGAUGGGUAUACACUUUAUUGCACUGCCCUUUUCUUUAGUCCUCAAGGUCGGUUCAUGGGUAAGCAUCGUAAAGUCAUGCCUACAUCUUUGGAACGUUGCAUAUGGGGUCAAGGGGACGGAUCAACCAUCCCCGUUUACGACACUCCAAUUGGCAAAAUCGGUGCUGCGAUUUGCUGGGAAAAUAGGAUGCCCCUAUACAGAACUGCAUUGUACGCAAAAGGAAUUGAGAUUUAUUGUGCACCUACUGCUGAUUAUUCUUUGGAAUGGCAAGCGUCGAUGAUUCACAUUGCGGUCGAAGGUGGAUGUUUCGUGUUGUCGGCGCACCAGCUCUGCAAGCGCAAAGAUUUCCCUGACCAUCCUGAUUACGCGUUUAAUGAAAUAGCAGACGAGAAACAUCAUGAUCCUACAGUCUCCAAAGGCGGAAGUGUCAUUAUUUCACCUUUGGGAAAGGUUCUUGCCGGACCAAACUAUGAAUCAGAGGGUCUCAUCACAGCUGAUCUUGAUCUUGGUGAUAUAGCAAGAGCCAAGUUAUAUUUCGAUGUGGUCGGACAUUACUCAAAGCCAGAUAUUUUUAACUUGACUGUAAAUGAGCACCCAAAGAAACCUGUUACAUUCAUGACUAAGGUGGAGAAAGCAGAGGAUGACUCAAACAAAUAGUCGAAAUUCGUAAUUCGUCUACUGGAGUACUUAAGCCAUGUUAUAUAAUGGAUUCUAGUUCGAAUUGUUUGGUUGAAUUUUAAAAGUUUAUAUUAAAGCUUGUUUUAUCUUUCUCUUCAAUAAUGUAAGAUUAACUCAUUGAAAAUGGUUAAGAUCUAUGUUGUUUGAUAACUCUUCCUCUUAUAUAUGUUCAAAGGUUGUACCAUUAAAUUUUUAAUCUAAUUUGAGUGUUGUUGAA